AGCCCCGAUUGAAGGCAUUGGUAGUUGUCAGCACGGAUUGGUUUGUCAUGGACCAACCAAAUUACUAACCCUGCUUAAUGCAAAAAACUCAAAUUGCAGUUUGAUUUCGACCGCUGCGUCCCAAGACCUACAAAUAGCUUCAUGUUUCUGGCGUUGGCCACCGCGAGGAAACAUGAUCCCCGCUUGGUCCACAAGCCUUAGCUAGCGUUAGCUUCUUCGCUAAAAUAUCGUUUCUCGAACAAAGAGAGUGGGAAUAAAGCCACCGUUCGACCGUCAGCAAACACUGCCAGGUUUUUCACGGUAAAAAGCCAUGGAGCAGUACACCACUGCCACCACUACUACUGGAGAGCAGAUUGUUGUUCAGACAGCUAAUGGACAGAUCCAGCAGCAGACACAAGGCACAGUGACGGCUGUGCAGCUGCAAACAGAGGCGCCAGUGGUGACGGCCUCAGGCCAGCAGGUGCAGACACUCCAGGUAGUCCAGGGACAGCCUCUGAUGGUUCAGGUGAGCGGUGGACAGCUCAUCACAUCAUCAGGGCAACCCAUUAUGGUGCAGGCCAUGUCCGGGAGUCAGGGUCAAACCAUAAUGCAGGUCCCUGUAUCUGGAGCUCAGGGACUACAGCAGAUCCAGCUGGUGCAGCCAGGUCAAAUCCAGUUGCAAGGUGGUCAGACUCUGCAGCUGCAGGGCCAGCAGGGUCAGCCUCAGCAGAUCAUCAUCCAGCAGCCCCAGACCGGCAUGACAGCUGGACAGAACCAAGGACAGCAGAUCAGCGUGCAGGGCCAACAGGUGGCACAGACAGCUGAUGGACAGACCAUCGUCUACCAGCCUGUCAAUGCAGAUGGUACUGUCUUGCAGCAGGGAAUGAUCACAAUUCCAGCUGCCAGCUUGGCAGGUGCCCAAAUUGUACAAGCAGGGAGUGCCAACACCAACACCACCAACAGCGGCCAAGGCACUGUGACCGUCACCCUGCCCGUCUCUGGCAACAUGGUCAAUGCAGGUGGAAUGGUCAUGGUAAGGCCCUGUACAGAGAUGGUACCUGGAGGUGGCGGCGUUCCCACAAUGCAGCGAAUCCCAUUGCCAGGGGCUGAAAUGCUUGAAGAGGAGCCACUGUAUGUCAAUGCCAAACAGUACCAUCGCAUCCUAAAGAGAAGACAAGCUCGGGCUAAGCUGGAAGCAGAGGGCAAGAUUCCCAAGGAAAGGAGGAAAUAUCUACAUGAGUCUCGCCAUCGUCAUGCAAUGCAGCGUAAGCGGGGAGAUGGCGGUCGUUUCUUUUCCCCUAAGGACAAGGAAAUGGGUCUGGGAUUAUCACAGCAGGACGUCGCCCAGGCAGCAGCAGAUGAGACAGUGGCUCAGAUGAUCCGAGUUUCAUAGCACUGUCACUGACAUCAUCACUUCUUUCUGAACUCUACCCUGCCUGAGACUCUUCAUCGCAGCUGACCUCCUGCCACCACUUUUUCCUUUCAUUUGUACUCCCUCCUGCCUCACCGCCAUACACCAAACCACAGUGCUACCACUGGGCUCUUUCUGUUGUCUCUACUCCUACACUGGUCUUCCAGGGAGCUGGCUGUAUGGCUGCUGAGACUAUGGACUUUUCUGGCCUUGUUCAUCCAAAAAAAUGGAUGCCGUCAUGCUCAGCUUAUCUGGUUGAGCACUAAGGACCAGCUUUUUAUUUUCGUAAGCAUUAGUUUUGAAAAUAAUGAAGCUAGUGCCAGGAAAUGACAGCCAUGAAGCCAUACUCUGUCAGAUCCUGGUCUGUUUGAAAAUGAGAUUUUUGUCACCAGUGGAUGCUUUUUGGUUAUAUAUUUUUUGUAAAUGGUACCAGUUGUGUUUUUUCUUUUUCUUUUUUUUUAAAGAGAUAUUCUUUAUGCAUUGAUGCUACACUGCUGUUCUUUAUGUAAGCGCCCUUCUUUUGAAAUUUCAUCUUUUUAAACCCACAUAGUGCAGGGGUGGUCUCAGCAUGCCCUGCGUUCACUGAGUAAAAACAGAAAUGUAAUACUAAUGUGAAGAUUUUGUACAGCCAUUACUUCCCCAAUGUGUUUGGAUACACCUACUGAUUUGCCCAGUUGUGUGGAUGCAUUUUAUACAGUUAGUAGUUAGUGUUUGUUGGGAAAAAAGUAGUUCAGUGUUGCAUCACCUUACGCACUCUUAUCCACAUAGUUACAUCUUCAUCGUUCAGUCCAUCUAGGUGUGUUUUUUUUCUUCUUUGUUUGAAUUGUUUUUUACCUGUCAGAUGCAGUCCGGCAAUGUUAUUUUUUUUAAAUAGUACUCUGACAUUGUAUUCAUGAAACCUUUGUCAAUUAAAUUUUAUUAAGUGACUCAAGGUUAUAGGUGGAUUCUACUUUUCUUUUUUUACUCCCUGAUUGUGUAGAAUUUAGACUGUCAUCUAUUUAUUUAAAAUGUCCCCUGAGACUUAGCCAAUGCCAUGUAGUUUUGUUUGCAUUAUAAUGCCUUGGAUGAAAUUUGCUGGAUUUUUUUUUUCACAACUAUGUUCAUUAGAAACUGUUUUUCUCUUGUUGCAUGAGUAUAAUUGUCAGAUAUUUUGGACAAAGUAACAUACAUUUCAAUUUUUGAUAAAGAUGAUUAAAAUUCUGUGUACAGUCUGUGUGAA